AUGGCUCCUCAACUAGAACCUUUCUUCAAGCAGGUCGAUGAGCUGUCCGGCUCGUUCAUCGAACGCCUCCGCGCUGCCGUUGCCAUUCCUUCGAUUUCGGCAUCCGACGAGCACCGCAAAGAUGUAUUCAAGAUGGGCGCCUUUCUCGCUUCCGAAUUGGAAAGGCUCGGAGCUGAAGUGCAUCAACGCCCACUUGGAAAGCAGCCAGGAAAAGAGCACCUUGAUCUGCCACCUGUAGUCAUCGCUCGCUACGGAAACGAUAAGAACAAGCGCACAAUUCUGGUUUACGGUCACUACGACGUUCAGCCUGCGUUGAAAGAGGACGGCUGGGCAACCGAACCAUUCGAGUUGACCAUCGACGAAAAAGGUAGAAUGUUUGGACGAGGAAGCACCGAUGACAAGGGCCCUGUGCUUGGAUGGCUCAAUGUCAUAGAAGCACAUCAAAAAGCUGGUGUCGAAUUUCCUGUGAAUCUGCUUUGCUGCUUCGAAGGUAUGGAGGAGUAUGGAUCGGAGGGCUUGGAUGAUUUUAUUCACGCCGAAAGCAAGAAGUUCUUCAAGGAUGCUGAUGCGGUUUGCAUCUCCGACAACUAUUGGCUGGGGACCGAGAAACCAUGUUUGACUUACGGCUUACGGGGUUGCAAUUACUACUCAAUUACAGUCUCAGGACCUGGCCAGGAUCUUCACAGUGGAGUGUUUGGUGGCUCUGCCCACGAGCCCAUGACAGAUUUGGUCACUCUCUUAUCGAAACUUGUUGACUCUCAGGGAAACAUUCAAGUUCCUGGACUUAUGGAUCUUGUCGCUCCUGUUACCGAAGUAGAGGCCCAAUUAUACCCUGGAAUUAGCUAUUCCAUGGACGACCUCCACGAAUCCCUCGGUAGCACAACGAGCAUCCACCCGACCAAGGAAAGGACACUUAUGGCAAGGUGGCGCUAUCCUUCCCUCUCUGUUCACGGUAUCGAAGGCGCUUUCUCAGCUCCUGGAGCUAAAACCGUCAUUCCUGCCAAAGUCAUUGGCAAAUUCUCCAUUAGAACCGUUCCCAAUAUGGAAAGCGAGGAUGUGACAAGGCUCGUUAAGGAUUAUAUAAACAGCGAAGCCGCUAAAUUAAACACCAAGAAUACGAUCGACGUCUCUCUUCUCCACGAUGGGAAGUGGUGGGUAGCUAGCCCCAAGCACUGGAAUUUCACUGCUGCAGGCAAAGCCGUGAAGCAGGUAUUCGGAGUGGAACCAGAUAUGACCCGAGAGGGAGGCAGUAUACCAGUAACGUUAACAUUUGAACAAGCCACCGGCAAGAACGUCCUUUUGUUGCCGAUGGGUAGCUCCACCGAUGCUGCCCACUCAAUAAAUGAAAAGCUCGACAAGAGCAACUACAUCCAGGGUACCAAGUUGCUCGGUGCUUAUUUGCAUUAUGUUGCAGAAGAACCGAUUGUUUAA